CACCCACGUGGCUCUGAGGCAUCAUGGCUCAGCCUCUGCGUUCCCCCUUCUCACACCCCGGCGCAUCAAGCGGCCCGCCUCCCGGGCCAAGCCAGCCCUCUACCGUCAGCACCCUAGGCAGCGAGGCCCCGGGAGGAAAUCCAUGGUACUCAGCGUCACAGUCUGCAGGCGGCAGCAGCGUAUAUCCUGCAAGCGGCGGCAUUGGUGGCGGCAUGAGUGGGCCGUUGUCACACAGAGGGCUGGGGUCGACAGAGAGGGGAGCUGCGGGCGAGGAUCUGUCGUUCUACGGAUCUGGAUUUGCGCGGGUAUGCAGACAAGAAAGAUGGCAGGGAGGCAGGCCGAAUCAGUGAUCUGUGUGUGGUUGGGACGUUGGGAUGUUGGUCAUCAGAGCGGGAGCAUGGACCAAGGCAUGGGCGGCGGCGGGAUGGGCAGCAUGGGUCCGAUGGGCGCUGUGGGAGGUCCUGAGGAGGAGGACUUUGUCGACGAACCGCCGCUGCUAGAGGGUAAGGUCGAUCACUCGCGAUGAUGGAACCACCAAAGCAGACAUUGUGCGUCUGUCCACGGGCAUUGCACAUGCACUGUUGGUCAGAGUUGGGCAUCAACCCUGAGCACAUCUUCAAGCGAAUCAAAUCCGUCCUUCUCUUCCAAAAGUAUGCAGACAUACACCCAGCUUGCGUGUCAUGUCCAUGGCACAUCUAUGCGCUGCUUGUGUGUUCAGGUUGGAUCACGACCUACUGGUCGAUUGUGACAUGUGUGGCCCUCUGGUGAUUGCACUAGCACUGGGAUUCUGCCUGCUAUUCGUAAGCCGUCAGAACAUGCGGCAAUGCACUCAACGCCUCCCUUCUCCCCUCGUGUGUGUCAGUCUGGUAAGAUCCACUUUGGGUACAUCUACGGCUUGGGCAUCACUGGCUGUCUGGGGACCUACCUGCUGCUGAACCUCAUGAGCCAGGUACGUCAACAGGCACAGAGGCCGAUCGAGACAGAGGGAAUACAUGGCCGCUGGCCAUGUCUGUGUGUGUGGCAGAAAGAAGCGAUCGAUGUGUUCCGGACGGCCAGCAUUUUGGGUGAGCGCUCACGUGGAAUGAUGUCCACAUGUUCUGUCUUUCUUCUGCCCGCAUUCACGUGUGCAGGUUACGGUUUGCUGCCUGUUGUUGGAUUGGCCGCCAUCUCCAUCAUCUUCUCGCUAAGGUGACUCGCACACGCUCCACUGCGCCCUUUCGUCGGCUGACGAGUGUGUGGUGUGGUGCGGUGUGGUGUGUGUCAGGGGCACGUUGGGUACAAUCUUGUCUCCCCUCUGCAUCAUAUGGUGCACGGCGACAGCAUCCAGAUUCUUCGAAACGGUCAGUCGACACACGACACCCCAUAAGGAGCAGCCGGCGCUAAUACCUGUUAUUGCUUGUGUGCAUGCAGGCGCUACUGAUGCACCACCAGCGGUACCUGGUGGCCUACCCCAUCUGCCUCCUCUACACCUGCUUCGUCCUCAUCACCGUUUUCUGAAGAGCAGUUACUCGACACGGACAACGACACAGACAGACGAUGUGUGCAGCUGGUUGGUGCGACCGGUGUUUUCGUGGCGUGGUGUGGAUAUUCGUGAGUGGCUGACUCACUAGCUGACAGACUCACUGACUGACUGAUCAUGACUGGCUGGGCCCGUGGCUGGGUGUGCAUACGUUCCUGCGCUUCUUGUGCUUCAUGCUAAUUCAUCAGCUGCCAUGUGCGUGAUGCGACCCAGACAGCACAGAGUCAAGUUCAUUGCACGACCA